CCGCGGGCUUCUGCAGACGUUAAUACACAAAAAAACAUGUAUUAUCCCUACAAUGUAUUCUGUUUGAAUUUAUUUACCCGAGGAGGCUAUCGACUAUAACUGGGGAAAUCCCAAAUAGAAAUAGAAAACAGUUAAUGCAUGUUGUUCAUUUGCUUCAGAUAUUUUUAGUUUACCAUUAUUUGAAUGUCAAAUAUUUCUUUUCCUAUAAGGAAAUGAAGAAAAUUAUUUACGUGUUUAGUAAACGUGUGCACUAAAUGGCAGCAGACCAGAAGGAAAAUGCCUCAGUACAUGUUAUACCUAGACUUACAAAGUCUGUUGAGAUCAAAUAAUCUGUAAUAAUAUUAAUUUCUUCACACUGACACUAAUAUUUUCCCAGGAAAACAUUUUCUCUCUAGGCUCAUCUUUUUGACAGAGGCAAGAGAUAUUGUUAAUUUUUUUAGAAAGUGGUAUCAGAGAGGAUAUAUUUUAUGGCCAGGUGCUUUACAUUCAAUGACACUAACGACUGAUGUCAGUCUGAUGUUUUACCCUACCCCUAGGUAUUCUAUAAGAACCAUGAUCAAGAACUGGACGAUAUACUGACCCAUUUCAAUCGCGCAUUUCAGACCUAAAACGCGCAGUUCGGUAAAUGUGUACUAUGAACAUUGAACAAGUGGUAAAUCUUCCAAUGUGUGCCGGUUACAUUUCUAAAAUAUUUCUUACUUUAGAGAAACAACGCGUAGCUUACAGUUUUUCCGACGUUACACACACACACAAAAACUUGGUUUAACUUCCUUUUGAAGUUCCUGUUUAGAUUACAAAACGAAUCUGGUUGGCUGAUGUGAAAAUGUAUGUCAGUCGUUUUAAAUAUAAAAUUUAAGUGUACUAUUUAGUUUGCAUUAUCCCAGGGAUGCCUUUUAUAGAACGGUUAUUGUAAAAAUGACAUUAUAGAAAAUUUAACUCUUUUUAACAGCGGAACAAAUAUACGAAGACUCUAUAAUACAUUACUUAGUAUUAUCAUCAUCGAUCAUUUUGCCAAUAGACUGUUACAAACGAAUUUGAAAAAGCAGGUAUCAUUUUACAACUUUAAAGGAAAUGAUUUGAACUUAAUGGUUAUGGUUACCUUUGAUAUCUAAGAGGAGUAGAUGGAUAAUUCUGUGAUUAAAGGUGGUUAAUCAGAUUUUUGGAAAGUUAUGGAUUUGUUCAAAAGUUCAAACAUCUGGUCACUUACACUUAUUCAUGAUUGUUCACUACGCGCUAAAGUAAGGUUUUCACUGGAAGUGUUUGUGUAUUCUCUUUGCCAAACCAAAAUUCAUUUUUAUCUAAUAAAAAAAUGUCAGUCAUACUCAGCCUUGGGAGCUGUAGAAAUAUUCGAUCUGUUGUGUACUAUUUGUCAAAGCUUUACACUACACAAGAAUUACAUAUUUAGCCGAAGGUCAUCAGAAAUACAAGUCUGUGGAACAAUAUGCGAAAUUAUGUGAUAGAUCCGGAUACUCUUCUCUUUGGUAACCCAGACAUUGCUGAUCAAAAUAACAUGAAAAUAAUUGCUAAUGUACAGGCACUCCUGAUGCAGUCUCUUUUCGUCUUUCUUUCUGUUUCAUUUCUAUCAACGACUUAUCCUAUUUUUCUUCAAUAUCUUUCAAUAUUGUACAUGUACUCUUAACAUUUCUUUUAUCAUACAUUACACUUUUCCAAUUUUCACAUAAAUAACAAUUUAUAUUCUCAUAUUUUAAAACCAUAUUCCUAGCCCCAUUAAAGAUGUCUUAGGUCGAUAUACCCAUACAGUUAUGUUAGACUUGUCUUCCAUUCUUUACCUUUCCUGUGUCACUUUAACCAAAGUAAGAUAUAUAUGUUUUAUUGUAUGUACUUUAUUUCGCGAAUGAAAAUGUUCUGAAUCUGUGAAAGUAUUAUUUCUUCCCAUUUCUCUGUCUUAAUGAAUUCCGAAGCUACACUGAGUUUUAAAUCUAGACGUAUUUAGGUCAACUAAAUGGGAAUACAACAAUAGAAAUCAUAUUGAAAAAGAAAUACUCAGUUUAAAGUAAAGUGGAGGGAAUAAUUAUGAAAUUCUAUAAUACAGUAAAACAUCUUUUUUAAUAGUGAUCUAACACUGUGUUUUUGUUGUUCUUAAACUCAAGUAGAAUUUUAAAGAAAAACUGUGAAAAACUGUUCCUUAUAUAUGCUUGUCCACCUUUAAAGAAAAACAGAAUUUAAUAAAUAAUUCAUCACCGCAAAGCUAAAGAAAAUCGUUCUUUCCUUUAGAACCUGCGUCAAUAGCGAAGAGUCUGAGUUUUGUAAUAGGCUUUUAAGCAGCAGUGUAGAUUUAAAAAAAAUAAUUUUAGAGGAAUAAAAUUUCAUUUUAAACUGAAUGGAAUAACGAAAGGCAAUUGGAUCAUGGCUGAGAUUGGAAUGAUGGGUAUUUGGUUCCUGGCAGUCCUGUCGGUAACAACAGCAGAACAAGCAGAAGAAGAUGGCGUGACCAACGUUGCACUUCACAAGAAUGUAUUGGCCAGUGUUUCUGAGUUUGACUCCAGUUUAGCAGUUGAUGGAAAGAUGACAAGGCGUUCUUGUAUUGAAAUGGAAACGGAAGGCGAUAUUUGGUGGCAAGUGGACCUCGCUGACAUAUAUACUAUCUUUAGCAUACGAGUAAUAACUUCAGUAGAUUUUUAUGACACUAAAGUUGAGGAGGAAGAGUCAUGCUACUAUGCGUUGAGGGCGUAUAAAGGUAAAGUAAACAGCACUCGUAGUGGAAGAAAAUGCCAGCGCUGGGACUCCCAAACACCACAUAAACAUAGCUUCACGCAAGAGAAGUAUUGGUAUAGAGGAGAAGAUUUUCUGUCGGAUAACUACUGCCGCUUGCCAAAUUAUAAUUUAAUGCCAUGGUGUUACACUACUGACCCUAAGAUGCGAUGGGAACCCUGUGAUAUACGUGUAGAGGAGUGCGAAUACGUGCUGAACAGUUAUACCAGUCUUAAGAUAGGCACUGUUGAAAACAACUUGGUAGAUACUGAUUAUACUGAGGUAGAUGACGAAUUUCAUCAUUCUUGGGAAUUUGUUUUAUCAAAUCAAACACUGGCUAGGUUCGUGAAACUGCAUCAGAUUGGUACUAACGGUCGUUUCCAUUUGUGCGAAGUUGAGAUUUAUGGAACAAAAGGGGAAGUCACUAAUGUCGCGUUGCACAAAAGUACUGAAAUGUCUAAAGAAGUGGUUCUUAAACACAAAGUGUUAGGUUCGAACCUUGCGGUUGACGGCAUAAAGGAUCAGACUCUUAGUGGCGGUUCAUGCUUUUUCACUGCUGAUGGUAAUAAUCCUUGGUGGCGGGUUGAUCUCGGAGACUUCUUUUUGAUAUUCAUCAUGAGGAUAUAUAAUCGAAUUGACUGCUGCAGUGAGAAAGCGCAUGAUUUAAAACUGUGGUUCUGGAACACUCCGGACGAUGUACACAGAUUGAUCUUAGAGGGGCAAAUUAGCGACAUUCAUAAUAUGUAUACGGAUAUAGCAGCGAGAUUUCUGCAGUUGUCAUUGCCUGAAAGUGGAGAUUUUCACUUGUGUGAAGUGGAAGUUUAUGGAAAAAUAGCUGAAUGCAAAUCUAAUCAGUGUAAAAAUGGCGGCAGUUGUUCCCCUAAAUACUGUGGCGACGACUCGGAUACCUGCAGAGACUACACAUGUACCUGCCCGACUGGUUUUGGUGGUGUCAUCUGUGAAUAUUGCGCCGAAAAUAUCGCUUUUGGAAAAGACAUUAUAGCGUCAAGUAUCAGCCACCCGAGCUGGUUGCCUAGUUAUGCCAUAGACGGUGAUACGAAUCAGUUUGUUACAAAUGGAGCGACGUGUGUGUCCACACAGAAGGAAAUAAAACCUUAUCUGAUUAUAGAUCUUGGUUCAGAAUACACACUGACCAGUGUCAAGGUCUACAAACGAUUGGACUCCGAUGGUAUAUCUGCCGUUCAGUUAUUCCUCAUGUUAGAAGCUUGGACGAGCUACAAGAAAACUUAUGAUCCGAGUGAUAAAAUAUCAACAUUCGACCUUGUACCUCUUGUUUCCACAAGACUUGUAAGACUACAGGCAGAAGAAGCGCAACCAACGUCCCUUCAACUGUGUGAGAUAGAAGUGUUUGCAGUUUGUCAGGAAGAGUUGGCAUCCAACACCCAUUCCAUUAAAGACGAAUCAAAACCCCUAAUGCAGAUGCGAUUUUCUUUGUCAGAAAAGUACAGUGAUGUUGUCAGAUCGGAAGAUUUGUUUAAAAGUUCAAUAAGAAAAGCAUUGUCUGUUUACACCGGCUAUUCCGUGGAGAGUUUUCAGAAUGUACAGCUGGAGAAAGAUCCUUUCCGCGUGUCGUUUGAACUUCAUGCAAUAAAUGGAAAUCUAGUAACGUUGAGUGCAAUGUUAGAGAAGAUUGACAAGUUACUUAAGCAAGGUGUAUCAGACAUGAAGACUGAAGAUGAACAGACAUUUACAAUAACUGCUGGAAGUCUACAGUACUAUUUGGUUUAUGUAGAAAAUACAGGCACUAUGCUGACUGGACCUCUGUUGACGGCAGUUUCAAUGUUCUUUAUAGUAGCAGCGUUGCACAUUUGUGAACGGCGUUAACAUGAAACGUCACGGAGCUUCGAAGGACACAUUGACUAAGCAUAAUAUAUCAAUAUAAACUCUCCAGUCAUUAACGUGGUUAAUCAAGAGCGUUUUAGAUAUUGUCUAUUUAAAGAAUUUGAAUAUAUCAUUUUCGCCAAUCAUUUCCAUGUGGAUGAUAUGAAUCUAUUCGACCACUUCAGAUACUUUGGAUUUAGUCAACACCAUAUAUGAUUAUCAUUACUCUUACACUGACAAAUAGACAGUCAUGCGAAGAGCCAGAUCUAUAUCUGCGACUAAAGAUGCCAUAUUUUCCUCAUAUCAGUUGUCUGUUGUAAAUCUAAUUCAGAUUGCUUUUUUUCUGUGCUACAUCAAUUUUCUAUACAGAUUGAGGACAUUAAACUUAAUCUUCUUUGGUGCCACAAAGCUAUACAGUCUAAAUUCAAUAACUAGGAUUCAACAUCGAUGCUUGCAAAAACUUCUUUGCUGCCUCAAAACUGUACAAUCUACAUUUCAACACUGAUGCUUAAAACUACUUGGUACCACGAAGCUAUACAAAACUACUAAUCAGCGUUUAUGCGUUAAACUACUUGGUACAAUGCAUAUUUAUUAUGCAAUAUUUUACAUCGAUACCUUAUAAGGUUCCGAAAAUGUAAAGAAAGUAAUGAGGGUUUGCUAAAAGAACAAAUUUGUGAAAUGUUUACAGUUAAGCUUUUUGUAUUACAUAAUACUUUUAAACAGUAUUUGUCCAUUUUCAUACUAGGAGCGAAUUAAAAUUUUGGUUCGAAAUUUAUUAGCAUAUCAUAUCACAGCAAAUUUGAUCUUAAUGUAAAACAAUGUCAAACAACACGUGAUGCAUUGUAUUGCAUUUGGUUUAUACUUGAUAAAAAUGAAAAUGUAAUGAUAAUAACAGUUUAAUGCUACUUUGUCUAUAUCAGCCUAAAUGAGCUUUCUUUUGUGUUGUAUUAAAUAUAGUAACAAAAAAUGUA